GCCGAAGAAGCCCUAACUAAGGACUGUGUUCGCUCCAUUUUUCAAGCUUUCUUCAAAGAAGAGCUCACGGCUUUACUAUCUCUUCAGCGCCAACAACGCUCCAUAAACCUUCACCAAGAUGGAGGAUUUGAAGAAGAGGAAGCUGGAGGAGACCGUCGGCAAUGCCGAAUUUUCUUCUCUCGAACAUUUGCGAACUCUCCUCGAACCACUUCCCAAGCCUCAACUCGUCGAUCUCCUUGCCAGACUAGGGUCCCAGUAUCCUUCCAUUGCAGAAGAAAUAAAAAGUGUUGCCAGUGCAGAUCCUGUCAACCGAAAGCUUUUUGUUCGUGGCUUGGCUUGGAAUACCACUUCAGAAACAUUGUGUGCUGCAUUUAGCGUGCAUGGGGAAAUUGAAGAAGGAGCUGUUAUCUAUGACAAAGCAACAGGGAAGUCCCGUGGAUAUGGUUUCAUUACUUACAAGCACAUGGAGUCAACUAAAGCUGCUUUAAAAGCGCCUAGCAAAAUAAUUGAGGGUCGCAUGGCUGUCUGCAAUCUGGCAUGUGAGGGUCUAAGUGGAUCAAGUACAACUCCAGAUUUAGCUCAGAGAAAGCUGUACAUUGGUGGUUUAUCACCAGAUAUUACAAGUGAAGUAUUGCUGAAUUUCUUUGGAAGGUAUGGUGACAUAGAAGAAGGUUCAGUUGCCUAUGAUAAGGAUACAAAUGAAUCACGAGGGUUUGGAUUUGUUACCUAUACCACCGCAGAGGCUGCAAAGAAGGCAAUAGAUGAUCCAGACAAGACCUUUGGGGGAAGGAACAUCAUUGUGAAGCUUGCAGAUUCACACAGGAACAAGAUGAUGCAGGCACAAGUAUCCCCAGCUAUUCCUUCUAUGCCAUACCCAGUAGCCGCUGGAUAUCCUCAACCUGGGAAACCUCAUGGCGGUGUUGCCCCUGUUGGCUAUGCUUAUCCUCAAGCUCUUGGAUCAUAUCCUGCUUCGUAUCCCAGUCCUACGACAGCGCAUGCUUCAUAUGCAAGCCAACCCCAAAUGCCAUAUCCCCAUCAAGUGAUUGGAAAGAAAGAUGCUACUGGACUUCAUCCCAUCACACCUGCUGGAAUGGGAGGCUAUCCAUAUUAUAUGGCGAAACAAUAGCUAUGGAUGUGAUCUAUGGGAGGAACCUUGACAUUAGUAAGCGCCUCUAGAAAUUGGUCGCUCGGAUUUGAUUGAAGUGUGAACAUUAAAGGUGGCCUAGCGAAAAUUUUCCAAGUAAACUCUUCAUCUUUUUGUUCCUUGUCUGUGUAAAAUUUAUUACCACCUAGAAAUUAUGCAUACUAGUCAUUUUUAGGAUUAGAGGUAGUUAAUCUUGAGCAUGGAAAAUAUUGGUGUUAGCUAUUUAAAUAUUGAACAUACGACAAUAUUCUUGAUAUUCCUCUUCUGUCAAUCAUAUUCUCUGAAUUGCAUUUUAUUAUUCCUGUCUAAUGAAGUUGGAAUUUAGAAAACGAGUCUUUAUGUUAGUCAUGUUA